AUGUGUCGUGAUGAACAAAUGUUUACUUCAUACUACGAGUCGUUAUGUCAGCAACAACAAGGAAGUGCAGAGCCACACACCGAAGCACACGGCUCUGCCCAGCAGUCUGGUGAAGGCAGCGGAGGGUCUAGGAAAAAGCGAAAGUUCUCCCCUGUUGUUGAGAAAGGGAACUUGUCAUAUACAAACCCCCUAUACGAGCCAGAUGCAGUAGAUGAGCUACAAGAUAUCCAAGAUCUAGAGGACUUGGAAGGCUUGCGUAAAAAAGGUAUCAAGUACACCCCCUUCAAGCUGACAAAUGAGGUUCCAAAUUGGAAGCCCGGUGAUUUCUUUAAGGAUAGAGAUUAUUUCUAUCAGGUCAUUCGCCAGUACGCGAUAAUGACCAGACGACCUAUACACGUAGCGAAGAAUGAUGGCAAAAGGCUUCGUGCCAUUUGUAAGGGAAAGUCAUGUGAGUGGUAUGUUUAUGCAAGGAAGAUCGAAGCCCACAACAAUACUGAUUUUGUGGUAGUGAAUAUGCAGAGAGACCAUGCUCACACAUGCUCUCAAGUGUUGGAUCAGCGAUGGCUGACGUCCAAGUGGCUAGCCGAGCGAUACAUGGAGAAAAUCAAGGCAAAUCCCCACAUCCCGUUGGCGGCUAUACGGCAGUGUGUUGAUGAGGAAUUCGGACUCAAAGUUGGCAGGAUGAAGGAGUACCGCGCAAGAGAUAGUGCACUGGAAGGCAUUUUUGGCAAGGCAGGACUACAGUAUCGGAGACUAUUUGACUACAAAGCAGAAUUGGAACGGACACACGCUGACUCUAGUGUGCAUAUACACUACGAGAACUUCAGGGAUCCUGAAGUUGUGGGCCCGAGAUUCUUGAGAUUUUAUUGUUGUCUUGGACCGCUGAAAAAAGGUUGGAUGCGUUUUUGUCGUCCAAUUAUAUUCUUGGAUGCCUGUUUCUUGCGAGGCAUGUACAGAGGGCAACUUAUGACGGCUAUGAGAAUUGAUCCAAAUAACGGUUGGUGGCCUAUUGCGUGGGCUGUGACGGAGGCUGAGAGCUACGAACAGAUGACCUCCAAAUACACGAGAAUGCCCCAAGAUUUGUAUUCAUGUCUGACCAGCAGAAGGUACGACUAA